GACUUAGUAAUCAGCUCUGUGCACCAGUCUCUGGUGCCAGUUAAUUCAAAGAAAGCUUAGCUGCUUUUUUUUUUUUUUUUAAAUCUUGGCUAGAACUGGUGGGGGUGGGGAGAAAAAGAGGGAACCGGGAAGAGGAGGGGGAAGUUAAGCCUUGCUUCCCUCCCUGUCUUCUUCAGAAAACCAAAUAUGGCAUCUUCCAUGAGGAGCUUGUUUACUGACCACGGCAGAUACGUGGAAGCUUUUCGGAGGUUUCUCAACAGUUCCACGGAACACCAGUGCAUGCAGGAAUUCAUGGAGAAGAAGCUGCCAGGAAUAAUAGCAAGGAUUGGAGACACAAAACAAGAAAUUAAGAUUCUAAGCAUAGGUGGAGGUGCAGGUGAAAUUGAUCUCCAAAUUCUCUCUAAAGUCCAGGCUCAAUACCCAGAAGUUCUUAUCAACAAUGAAGUUGUUGAGCCAAGUGCUGAACAAAUUGCCAAAUACAAAGAGCUUGUAGCCAAGACAUCAAACCUCGAGAACAUAAAGUUUACUUGGCAUAAGGAGACAUCAUCAGAAUAUCAAAAUAGAGUAAUGGAGAAAAAAGAGCUUCAAAAGUGGGACUUUAUUCAUAUGAUUCAGAUGCUGUAUUAUGUAAAAGACAUCCCAGCUACCUUAAAAUUCUUCCAUAGUCUCUUAGGUGCCAAUGCUAAGAUUCUUAUUAUUCUUGUGUCAGGAACCAGUGGCUGGAACAAGCUGUGGGAAAAGUACGGAUCCCGCCUUCCCCAUGAUGACCUCUGCCUGUACGUCACAUCGUCCCACCUCACUCAGAUGCUGUGCAACCUGGGAUUGAAGUAUGAAUGUUAUGACCUUCUGUCAACCAUGGACAUAUCUGACUGUUUUGUUGAUGGCAAUGAAAAUGGAGACCUGCUUAUGGAUUUUUUGACUGAAACUUGCAACUUCAGCACAACAGCACCACCUGAUCUCAAAGCUGAAAUUCUGAAAGAUCUACAAGAGCCUGAAUUUAGUGUAAAGAAAGAGGGGAAGGUUCUUUUUAAUAAUACUCUGAGUUUCAUAGUGGUGGAGGCAUAACUAUCAAUCAUUUAAGAGUAUCUUCAAAAAUAAAUGUUGAACAAUGUUGAUCAUUCAUUUUCACAUUAAAAUUAAAAAUACAUCUCAAUGCAGAUAAAGCAUAAUUUCUUAUAUAUGAAAUCUAGAAAAUUCCAAGACAUUCUGGAUUUCCAUGGAUAAUGUAUGGGAAUAUGGGAUACUGCCAAUUGUAUCUCAUCCCUCUUCCAAGUAGAGAGAUCACACAUAGGCUAAAUACCACAUAAGCUGGAAAAAAUGAGAAAACUGAAUUUUACUGACAUGUUAAUAAAA